CUCCCUCUGAUAUUUUAUUUACUCCCGAAAUCCAAGAUGGCUCCUCUGAAUGCCUCGGUCCCAUAGCAAUUUGAGGAUGCAAGUAGCUACUAAAAAACAACUUUUCCCAGGCCAUCACACCUCCUUUAACUCAAAUUGCAUGGUGCGGGUGAGCUCCUUACGCAUGUACAGACUCUAAGCAGCCGCUGCAGCGUCGUGAAACAUUCUUCAAGUCAUCAAUUUGGAGUAGUUUCGCGAAAAGCUCGCGCUGUCUGUCCGGAGAGAGGUUUAGGCAGGCAGCUCAUCCAAAUGGCCGAACCGAGAAAAGUACAAUUUGUCACCCUCUCGACCUUCGCAGCUGGAUUAGCAACGGAUUCUAGGAAACGCCGCUUGGAGGAUGCGGCCGACAUCAACUUUGAUGGAGACGGGGAGGUCGACGCGACAGCGACCGGGGCAGAUGGUGGCAGUGGUCGUUUCGGCAAAACUGGCAACAGGGACGCGACAGAAGCGAAAAAGAUUACAGUGCGAUUGGAUCUGUCUCUGUCGGAGCCCAAUGACCAGUCGUCGGUAGAGUUUAAUUACGGGGAACUCAUUAAAAAUCUCCAGGUUAAGAGCAAGCCCCCCAUCGAGCCCCCCACCCCUGUGAUCGACCCCAAUGACCCCUUCAAUGACGACGAGACGGACCGGCUGAAGAUGGAGUCAAUGGCCAAAAAGUUUGAAAACAAAUAUGGCAACACUGGGAAGAAGAGGAAGGAUCGGAUGCAGGACCUGAUCGACAUCGGCUUUGGCUACGACGAGACUGACCCCUUCAUAGACAACUCGGAGGCUUAUGACGAGCUGGUGCCAGCUUCCCUGACCACCAAGCUGGGCGGGUUCUACAUCAACACGGGUACCCUGCAGUUCAGAGCCGCCUCGGAGUCCGAAGGGGAGGAGGGGAACAAGAAGCUGAACGACGGCACCGAGCAGGAGAUCCAGCGGCGGAAGAAGACGGCGGGAGACGUGGCCGAGGAGAGUAAACCCAGGAAGAACAGAGUGCCGAAGCAGGGGGUGAUGGCUCUGGGCCUCCACCGGCCCGAGAAGAAGAAGAGGAAGAAGCUGAUGAAGGACUCCCUGUGCCUGGCGGCCAUGAUCCGCCGCUUUAACCGCGAGAAGGACGAGAUGAGGAAGAGGAACCCCUCUGCUCAUCACACCCCGCCCUCCGCUCACCCCCACCCCCACCUCGCCGCCAAGCCCAACCACUCGCUGGCCUCGGCCGCCGCCGCCUCGGCAAACGCCGCCCAUCUCCACGGCAACGCAGCCCCCGGCGACCUCUCGCUGGCGGACCUCACCGCCGACCCGGCCGUGAUGUCCCUGCUGGGCUCGGCCAAUGAGAAGGAGCUGCAGGACCUCCUGGGAGACCUGGACUUCGGCCUCCUGGACGCCGCGCCGCAGCACGCCGGGGCCAGGGAGAACGGCCUCAUGGGAGUCGGCGGCUCCAAGGCGCCGGCGGCCGGGGGAGGAGGCCUGGGGGCGGGCCCGGGGCGGGGGCUGAGCGGCGGGGGGGGCGUGUUCUCUCCGCCCCCGCUACCUGAAGGACUUCCUGCGCCGCUCAUCAAACGCAUCGAGGACCUCAGAGGGGCUUCUCGUCAGUUCGACCAGGAGGGCAGGAAGAAGUUCUUCACGCUGGACAUGAACAACAUCCUGCUUGACAUUGAGCUCCAGGUGCAGGAGCAGCCUCCCGAGGUGCGCUCCGCCAUCUAUUCCCACAUGGAGGCCUUUGUUCCCUGCAACAAGGAGGCCCUGCUGAAGCGCCUGAAGAAGCUCACGCUCAACAUACAGGACGACCGCCUGCGGACGCCACUGCUCAAGCUGAAGCUGGCCGUGUGCAGCGUGAUGCCGGAGCAGAUCGCCAGAUACAACAUGGACUGCAUGGCCAAGGUUGCCAAGCAGCAGUCUGAGGAGGUGGAGAGGAACGGAUCCGAGGACGAGGACGAGGAGAAGCCUGGCAAGAGGGUGAUGGGACCCCGCAAGAAGUUCAUCUGGGAAGACAAGCUCAGGAACCUUCUUUGCAGCCUGGUGCGUGUGAAGCUAAGCUGCUACGAGCUGGAGAAGCCUUCCCAGCUCUCUGUAGAGGACUACCUCAAGGCCUUCAUGGAGAACGAGGUCAAACCACUGUGGCCUAAGGGCUGGAUGCAGGCGAGGAUUCUGUUGAAGGAGAGCCGUACGGUGCACAGUCACCUCACUGGAAACCUAGUGAAGAGGAGAGUGCUGUCAGGGCCCAGGGCCAAAGCCAAGGAGGGCCUUUGGAUCCAGAACCCCGCCUUCCCCAUGACCUCCGCCCCGGGGGCCUCCACCUCGCUGACCCCCCCCGCCGGCCGCCGGCCGCCCAUGCCGCCCUCGGCCGAGCCCAUCUGCCUGUCGGACUCCCUGGACGAGGACCUGUCGGCGCCCACCCUGGACUCCAUCUCCCACGCGCUGGCCCUGCUGGGCGGCGCCUCCAAGGGCCUGCUGGGGCCCCUGCAGCUCCCCGCCUCCUCCUACCUCCCCUUCUCCUCCUCCGCCGCCGCCGCGCCGCAACAUUCCCUGGUCAAGAUGGAGUCGGCCGCGCCGGUCGGCGGGCCCUCCUCCUCCUCCUCCGCCGCCGCCGCCCACAACCCUUCCUCCUCCUCGUCUACCUCCUCCACUGGCUCCUCCCCCUCCGCCUCGGCUCUGGGCCGGCUGCAGGGGGGCGGGGCCUCGCUGCCGCCCAAGCCCGGCGACGGCUCCUACGGCGCCAUGAAGCUACCCUCGGGGGCCCCCGGCCAGGGCCAGCACCAGAGGCUCGUCGCCGUGGCGACCGCGGCGCACGGCAGGCCCAGUGUGAUGAUGGGCGGCGUCAACAAGCUCCACCCCCAGCCCUCCCCCUCCCCUCCUAAACAGCGGCCCCCGCCCACCUCGUCCCCCCUCCUGCCCCCGCACCAGAAGGGCUACUCGGGCCCCGCAGGACCCCUCGGCGGGGCCCAGGGCAUGGCCAAAAGCGGCGCCAAACCCCCCGCUGUCAGCAGCAGUAGCAACGGGGGCUCCAUGGGCGGCGGCGGCGGCGGCAUGCUCCCCCCGCCCCGCUCCAGCCCCCUCCCCCUCCCCCGGCCCACCCUGCAGUCCUACUGCCCCGCCGUCUCCUCGGCCUCCUCCGCCCACCCCCCCAGCCCCUCACUCUCCUCCCACUCUGCCCUCGCCAAGCCCCACCCCCACCCCCACCCCCACCCCCACCCCCAGCCCCACCAGUCCAACUUCAUCACCCCCAUGCAGGCCACGCUCACCAAGUCCUCCCACAGCAGCACCUCCUCCUCCAUCAUCAAGCUCACCCCCCGGCCGCCGGGGCCCAGCCCGGCCCCCCCCCCUUCCUCCUCCUCCUCCUCCUCCUCCUCCCUCUCCCUCUCCCUCUCCCAGCCGCAGAUCCUCUCCGCCCAGCAGCACCAGUUCUCCCAGAAAGCUCAGGGAUUCCGCCCCCCCUACUGCCUCCCAGCGGGGGUCCAGGCGAAGCUGGGCCAGGCGAGCUACAGCUUUGCCGGGGGCCAGAAGACCCAGGCGGUCAGCGUCAGCGGCGGUAGCAUCACCACCGCUAGCCCCAGCAACAAGAUCAACAACAAUAACAGCAUGGUAGCUAUGACGGCCGGCUCCAUCCGCCCCGGCAACAGCCCCUCCCCGUCGUCGUCGUCGUCGUCUUCUUCGGUUUCGGCCAAUCACGGACAGCGGCAGAGGACUGGGGGCGGGGCCGGCCAGGGCUCCAAGGCAGGAAAUGGACGGGUCGUUUCUGGAACGCCCAGCCCCUCCCACUUGGCCCAGGUGUCGUCGGUGGCUGGUGGCGGCCUGGUGGGCAGCCCCCCCACGCUGCCCCUGGGGUACGGCAUGCUGGGAGGACUGGUCCCAGUGUCGCUGCCCUUCCAGUUCCCCUCUCUGCUCAACUUCAGUGCCCCACCCGGCGUGCCCGGGGGCCUGGGCGGGGCCCCCAACUCAGGAUUCUCCCUCACACAGAACGAGCUGCUGGAACUGUAUAAGUCUCUCCAGUCCGGCUCACAGGCUGCUCUCCCUCCACACUUGCAACUUGCUUUCUCAGAUGCGAACCAAAACCAGGCGAGCGACAUGAAGAGGAAGUCCCACUGACCACUCGUCCACACCGGAUCCAGCCCCCUGCUGGUAGACAUCACAGGUGUCCACCAAUGGGAGCCGGCCCUCCGCUGGGUGACAUCACAGGUGUCCACCAAUGGGAGCCGGCCAGCCGCUGUGAUGGACUGGUUUAUCUAGUUGUACACUGACCCUUCAUCUUGGACCUAGGAGCAAGCAUCGGUAUAAUCUCACUAUCAAGGACAAUGAUGGACAAGACCUAAUUUAAGCCUUUUUUUUAUUUUGUUAUGUUUAUCCAGUAGAGCGGCAAGAAAGAAACUAAUAAUUUGAAAAGAAAAAAAGGUCUUGUUCAGCCUUUUUUUUUUUUUUUUUUUUUGUCGACAUGUUUACAUAUGAAUCGACCUUGAUCACUGUGGCAUAAGAUUGUGAGCUAGGCGGCAGACUAGUCGUACGCUACGUAAUAUUACUUGUAUUUAAGCUUCUGUGGAAUUACGGGAUUCUUUAUGUUCUUGCAGUAAAAGACAAAAAAAUGAAAUGGAGAAAAAAUAGACGGUUGUUUUUUUUCCCCCUCAUGUCCCUGAUGUGGAGCAAACUGUUUAAGUUUGUAGAAAUGUACUGUUGGAUGUCACUUCUGCUCCUACAAAUGACUGUUAAGUUGUUAUAUGAUCUUAUAUAUUAAUAUUAUUGAUAAAUUAUUUGUAAUUUACACAGGGACAUAAUAUGUGUUUAUGUAAGCGCGUUUGUGUGUGUGAAUGAGAUCAAAGUGUGUGUGUGUGUGUGUGUACACAAGAGAUAGAUUUGUGUGUUUGUGUACAUAUAGGCAAUAUUAUGUAUUUUCUUUUCAUGGCAGUGGGUGAGAAAGUGUAUCCCCUCUCGCUAUGGGCGAGUCUGGCCUGGGCCUGGCUCCCUUGCGCCCCCGGUGCUGUUAGUCACACUGGACCCUUCCUGGACACAACCAAGACUUGAAUAGAAACGUAGAACCCUGAUUUGGACAGAUGGGCUCGAGUAUUAGGCUGGUAUUUUUAGUGUACUUGAAUUUUCUUUUUUUUUUGGGGGGGGGGUUGGGUUGGGGUGCGUAAUGUAUGAUCUUUUCGUUCUCUGCUAAUCAAGUUAAUCUUCUCAAAUGUCAAUGUAACACGACGCCUUAGUUUGUUCAAAUGGUAAACCGUUCAAAUACUAUGCAGGACUGUAAAACGCUCCUCAAUGCAAAAGUGCAAGUUGUUGCCUGGCUUUCAACCUCUCUACUCAACUGUCAGUAUGUUUCUGGGAGUCGUCUGUUCCCACGAGACUCCUCACGCCACCGCUAAAUACCUCUGUUAACUAACCUGUUCUUCCUGCGUCCAUUUCUUACCACACCUGCGUUUUUUUUGGUUACCUUUUUAUUCUUUCAAGGAAAAUUUGGAAAUUUCGAGGUCAGAAAGUAAAACAGUCCGUUUGCCUGUUCUCCUUGACAGUUUGUGUGUUUGUUGUACUAAUGUUCUAAUAAGGAAGUCUGUAUAGUUGACUGUAAACACCGGGAGGACUUUUACUUUGUGAACCCGAAAGCUCCCCUAAGUAGUUGACUCCGUUCCACUGCGGGACUUUUUUCCACUCCACAUUAAAAGUGUGUGGUUGACUGACUAACUACUAAGAAUGGCGCCAAAGAUUGUUCCCUUGCUAGUUUGAAUGAAGGGUGUGUCAUGGUCAGCUGUGUGUAUGUCUGUAUGUGUGUGUACUUAAUUUAACGUUGUCAAAAUGUAGCCAAUGAGUGUUAUUGUCUGGUCGGGUCAGGUUGUCAUGAGCGGUUUUAUUGGAGCAGCGGGUGACGUCCUUUGCUUUGGGGGGAGGGGGGGAUUUCACAGUAACUUAAUUUGGUAUUUUUGUAGAUUAUUUUUUGUGUGUCAAUUAUUAAAUUAAAAGAAAAACGGGUGUUUUUUAA